AAGCCCCUCCCGCUCACGGUUUCUCCAGUCCGCCAAGGCUCGGAAAUCUUUCACCAUGUCGUGCGAGUCGUCUAUGGUUUUGGGGUACUGGGAUAUUCGUGGGCUGGCGCACGCCAUCCGCCUGCUCCUGGAGUUCACGGAUACCUCCUAUGAGGAGAAACGAUACACGUGUGGGGAAGCUCCUGACUAUGAUCGAAGCCAAUGGCUGGAUGUGAAAUUCAAGCUGGACCUGGACUUUCCUAAUCUGCCCUACCUCAUGGAUGGGAAGAACAAGAUCACCCAGAGCAAUGCCAUCUUGCGCUACAUCGCUCGCAAGCACAACAUGUGUGGUGAGACUGAGGAAGAAAAGAUUCGAGUGGACAUCAUAGAGAACCAAGUGAUGGAUUUCCGCACACAACUGAUAAGGCUGUGUUACAGCUCUGAUCACGAAAAACUGAAGCCUCAGUACUUGGAAGAGCUACCUGGACAACUGAAACAAUUCUCCGUGUUUCUGGGGAAAUUCUCAUGGUUUGCAGGGGAAAAGCUCACCUUUGUGGAUUUUCUCACCUAUGAUAUCUUGGAUCAGAACCGUAUAUUUGAGCCCAAGUGCCUGGAUGAGUUCCCAAACCUGAAGGCUUUUAUGUGCCGUUUUGAGGCUUUGGAGAAAAUCGCUGCCUAUAUACAGUCUGAUCAGUUCUUCAAGAUGCCCAUCAACAACAAGAUGGCCCAGUGGGGCAACAAGCCUGUAUGCUGAGCAGGAGGUAGACUUGCAGAGCUUGUUUUGUUUCAUCCUGUCCCUAAGGGGUCAGCACUCUUUCUUUGCUCUUUUCAAUAAAUAGCAUUUAGGUUACUG